UGUAUUGUUUAAGCUUCAGGUUGCCAGAAGCAUGCUGUGGGGAAGAUGCUCACUAACAUUUUGGGCUAUGGGGACAAGGACAGGGGAAGGCUAAGCAUUAUACUCAUACACGAAGCUCUCUUCCCUCCAAAACGACGCAAACUCAUUAAGCAUUAUGCAUUAUCGAUCGGUGGCCCUGAACUUCCAAGGCAGGAUGUUCAGGCCCCAUCCUGCACCAAACCUGCUCAACAAUGGUCGCUGCGACGUGUUCAUAAAUCACAGAAGCAUCGACACCAAGAGAACUGUGGCUACUCUUCUCUACGACCAUCUUCGCCGGCUAGGGUUUUGUCCUUUCUUGGACAACAAGACGAUGAAGCCUGGAGAUAAGCUCUUUCACAAGAUCAAUAACGCCAUUUUUGAGUGCAAGGUUGGUGUCGCUGUCUUCUCUCCUCGCUAUUGCGAGUCCUUCUUCUGCCUUCAUGAGUUGGCUCUCAUCUUGGAGCGCCAGAAGAAGCUGAUCCCCAUCUUCUGCGACAUUAGGCCGUCGCAGUUGCGGGUUGCCAACAACGGCAAAUGGACGGUGGAGCCGGAGGGGCUCCGGCGGUUCGAGUGGGCUCUAGAGGAGGCUAAGUACACUGUCGGCCUCACGUUCAACUCCUCCAGAGGAAACUUCUCAGACAUUGUUAGCAGCGCUUCUGAUAUUAUCAUCAGCACCCUCAUGGAGCUAGAGGAUGAAGAGAAGCUGCCAAUGGUGGUUUGAAUAGUAAUGAUAAUAUAUGAUUAACUUUAUUUAAUUAUUACAUAUUUUCCCAUCCUAGUGAUUUUUGUGGAUCUAAACGCCGUCUCGCCCAGAUGUCACUGUUGCACACGACAUGUUGUUUAUAGUAUUUUAGGUUUUUUUUUUUUAAAAAAAAAUUGUAAUGAUGUUUGUGCUUCUAGCAGUAUACAUACUGUACAUAUUAUCAAAGGUAUGUAAUG